AUGUUUGUUCUGGCUUUGUUUCUUGCCGUAUUUCCAGCGGCGUAUUCGUUGACAUGCUACAAUGGGAUGAAACUGGUCCGGAUGCAGUCAGUCGGUGAAUCGGUAGAGGAAUGCCCUUCUGGCGCGUAUUGCUACAACAUGACUGCCUCUGCUGCUCUCAUUGUUGACGUUGUUAAAGCCGGUUGCUCAACUUGGAGAUGCAUGUUGGCACGUGACAAAUGCAUCAGCACCACAUUCCAAAUGGUUCCUGUGAGCUUGUGUUGCUGUAGUCAUGACCGCUGCAACGUGGGUGGUAACCCUGUUUUCGACCAGUUCAUUGUGCCGGCAUACAUGUCAAAACGACAUGAAUCACGAGCGCAGUUGCAGUGCAUUUGCGUACGCAUUCGAAACGGCGCACUUGAGGCAGUAGUUGGAACUGAGGUGGGACCGUCGCAAACUGCAGCGAUGGGUGGUGACAGCAAGGGUUUCACCACACUUCUAGCCGCUGCGCUCCACCGAAGCGUCUGGAGAGAAGCUGCGUACGCAAUUGCGUGCGCUUUUCCUACUAUAUCUGUUUGGCCUGAAUCGCUACACAUAAGAUGA